AUGAAAUUGAAAUUUGGUAUCAGGCGGAAGAUUUCAGGACUGAUUCAUGGAAUUACGCCCCAAAUCCAGACAAACAAUGGUUGUUGCAACGGACCGGCAAGAUGGAGCCCGUGCAUGUGGCAUUUACCGAUUUACUGCACCGCCGUCGUAUGCAAACUCUUGCAGAGCGUCGACGACGGAGUACAUUUGAUUUUCUCCACUCUUCGCGAUCACAACUACUUGUCGUCAACAUAUGCUAUUUACACAUCAGAUCAUGGGUAUCACUUGGGGCAGUUCGGUCUCAUCAAAGGGAAAAAUAUGCCAUAUGAGUUCGACAUUCGUGUGCCAUUUUUCCUACGUGGACCAGGUAUUUUGAAGAAUGUCAGUAUCCGGGAACCCGUUUUGAACAUCGACAUAGCGCCGACCCUGAUUUCUAUAGCUGGUGGCAGCGUUCCAAGUCACAUGGAUGGUAGGAAUCUAAUGGAUUUAGUGGCACUGAAGAAAGCCGAAUUGUCAGGAAAAAAUAACGAAACAGGCCUUCCAGCUCUAUGGAGAGACACCGUUCUGAUCGAAAGAGGGAAAAUGCCAAAACUUCGAAAAAUUCGAGAUCGAUGGUUGAAUCAGAAAGAGCGGUACGGCAAAGAGGUCCGUCUGAACGAGGCGUGUAGUAAACCGGAAUGGCAACGGCCGUGCAGUGGAAUGCAACAAUGGUCCUGCUAUCGUUCAAGUGAUGAUCGCUGGAGAAUACUGAAAUGUCGGGAUAGAAAAAGUCGACACUGUGCUUGUGAGAAGCGGCAGAAAAGGUCUACCACAAGAAAUGAUGGUGAGGGAUACGAUGAGGAUCUUGUGAAUGAGUUCAUUUUACACGUUCAUGAAUACAACAUACUUCAAAGCAAGGAAUGGUAUCAGGGCACUUUUGACGCUUUG